AGGAAAGUGAUUUCUGUGUAACGGACAACAAAGCUUGGGUCGAAAAGCACGAUGCGCCUCCCUUUCGACUGUAAUUCCCUCUGACCCCUCCUACUAGUGUCUACCUGCAUCAACACUGAUGCCUGCCUUGGUCUCCAUGCUCUGCUUAGGACCGCUUUCAGCUGCUCAGACUGGCUGCACGGCUGCAGACUGUGGAUCAUGGCGGCCUCCAUUCCAAAACCGCUUUCCUUUUUCAAAAUCUACGGCGGUUUGCCUCAGCCUUGCUGUCAAGGCAAAUCACGGGCUUACAUGAUAUCUUGUCAACACAGACAUUUUCAUUUAUCGACUCGUAGUCAUGCAGCAAAAAUAAUCUCUGGUACAGAGCUGGCAAAGCAGAUUCAGAAAGAAAUUCAAAAGGAUGUGGAGAACUGGGUGUUCCAGGGCAACAAGAGACCUCAUCUCAGUGUUAUUUUAGUGGGAGAUGAUCCUGCCAGCCAUUCCUAUGUGAGGAAUAAGACCAAAGCUGCCACGACCUUAGGAAUCAGCAGUGAAACCUUACUAAGACCCAGUUCUGUUUCCCAAGAAGAACUUCUGGAAAUGAUUGACAGACAGAACAGAGACUGGGGAGUCAGUGGUGUACUUGUUCAACUUCCUUUACCAGAGCACAUCAACGAGCGUGCUGUGUGUAACGCCAUAGCCCCAGAGAAGGACGUGGAUGGGUUUCACAUAGUGAACAUUGGAAAGCUGUGCCUUGACCAGAAAUCAAUGGUGCCUGCUACUCCUGCUGCUGUCUGGGAAAUUAUUAAAAGAACUGGAAUCGACACAAUGGGAAAAAAUGUUGUGGUUGCCGGGAGGUCCAAAAAUGUUGGCAUGCCAAUUUCUAUGCUUUUGCACACCGAUGGGAGACAUGAAAGACCAGGAGGGGAUGCCACAGUGACAAUAGCACACAGGUUUACACCCAAAGAUCAACUGAAAGUCCACACCAGCUUCGCAGAUAUCAUCAUUGCCGCAGCUGGAGUUCCUAAUUUGAUUACAGCCGAUAUGGUAAAGGAAGGAGCUGCUGUCAUUGAUGUUGGUAUCAAUCGGAUCCAGGACUCUAAAACUGGGAAAGCUAGAUUGGUUGGAGAUGUUGACUUUGAAGAGGUGAAGAAGAAAGCUGGAUUCAUUACACCCGUACCUGGAGGUGUGGGGCCCAUGACAGUGGCCAUGCUGAUGAAGAAUACUGUGACUGCUGCAAAAAAUAUACUGACACACUGAAGCACUGUUGCCAUUUCAAUGUUUUAAUUUGAUACUACUGAAAAAAUAUUUUAUUACUAUUAAUUUAUUUAUUCUUAUUUAAGGUAUUUUAAAUUUUUUAUUUUUUUCUACAGUAAAUUUAUGUUGUUGUUCUGUUAAUUUAUUAUGAUGGAAUGUGAACACGUCUGACUUCUUUGAAAAAAGAAAUUGAAGUUGUUUUAGAACGUUAUGAUCUCAUAAACAGCAGGGUUUUAUCAAAAAUGUUAAUGCUUUAAAAUAUCCUAAUUAAAAAAAAAGUUUUUCAAAC